ACUCACCUCCCAAACAGGAACAAUGUCUCUCUUCCACUGAGACGACUCCAUUUCUCAACUGCUUUUUGAAGAGCAAAACCAUUAGAGAGAUCCCAACAAAUGGCGAUCAUGAUCACUAGCUCACUCUCUCUCCUCGCCUCCUCACCCUUCAUCUCUCUACUCUUCGUCUUAGUAUUCGCCAUCGACGGCCAGGAGUUUACGAUCAAGGAAGCCACAAUCGACGGCAUCCAACGCGCCUUCACCGAAAAUCGUCUCACCUCCAGACAACUCGUUGACUUCUACUUACACCAGAUCGAAACCCUAAAUCCGGUGCUUCGCGGCGUGAUAGAGGUGAAUCCAGACGCGGUAGAUCAGGCGGAGGAGGCCGAUCGAGAGAGGGAGAGAAAUCAGGGCCGUCGGUUUCUGGGAGACCUGCACGGUGUUCCGGUGCUGCUCAAGGACAGCAUAGGUACGAAGGACAAACUGAACACGACGGUCGGAUCGUACGCGUUGUUAGGAUCUGUGGUAGCGCGGGAUGCGACGGUGGUGGAGAGGCUGAGGAAGGCGGGGGCGGUGAUAAUGGGGAAAGCGAGUGUGAGUGAGUGGUAUGGGUUCAGGUCUUUGAGCAUUCCGGAAGGUUGGUGUGCGAGAAGUGGUCAGGGCUUGAAUCCAUACGUCCUAUCAGGGAACACAUGCGGUUCCAGCAGUGGAUCUGCAAUAUCAGUGGCUGCAAAUAUGGUGUCUGUAUCACUGGGUACUGAGACAGAUGGCUCCAUCAUCUGCCCUGCUGAUUACAACUCUGUUGUAGGGAUCAAGCCCACGGUUGGUCUCACCAGCCGAGCUGGUGUUGUUUCUAUGUCACCCCGACAGGACACCAUUGGGCCUGUAUGUAGGACAGUAUCAGAUGCAGUUCACGUGCUUGAUGCAAUUGUGGGUUUUGAUCCAAGAGAUUUCGAAGCCACAAAAGAAGCAGCCACGUUCAUACCUGCAGGUGGUUAUAAACAAUUUCUCAACAAAGAUGGCCUCAAAGGCAAGAGAUUGGGUGCGGUGCGGAAUCCAUUUUUGGCCCUUCUAAAUAGGUCCAAAGCUGUUGCAACCUUUGAGCAUCAUCUAUACACAUUAAGGCAAAGUGGUGCAACUAUUGUGGACAAUUUGGAGAUAACAAAUGUCGAUGUCAUUUUGGAUCCCUAUCAAAGUGGUGAAGCAGUGGUUAUGCUGGCCGAGUUCAAGCUGGCCAUAAAUGAUUAUUUGAAAGAGCUAAUCACCUCUCCAGUGCGGUCACUGUCUGAUGUUAUUACGUUCAACAUGAAUUACACUGAUCUGGAGAAAACCGAAGAAUAUGGUCAAGAGAUUUUUUAUGCUGCAGAAUUCACAAAUGGACUUGGGGAGGAAGAGAGGAUGGCAAUAGAGGCUAUAGAAAAUCUGUCGCGAGAUGGCAUUGAGAAGCUAAUGAAGGAGAACAAGUUGGAUGCAAUGGUGACACCAGGUUCGGGUGCCUCCCCUGUGCUGGCAAUUGGAGGGUACCCAGCAAUUUCUGUCCCGGCUGGGUAUGACAGCGAUGGAAUGCCAUUUGGGAUCUGUUUCGGAGGCUUGAAGGGCACAGAACCGAAGCUGAUUGAGAUUGCUUAUGGUUUUGAACAGGCCACCAUGGUUAGGAGACCUCCUUUUUCCUUGUCAAUGGAAUUGAAUGAGGAUGCUUACGUGUGACUUGUGAUAUAUUUGGUGUCAUUGUAUGAAACUGUUGGCACAUUUUCUUUAAAUAUACAAAGGACACGACUCAGAUGCAUAUCUUCUGCUUUGGCAACCAGCAAACCGGCACAUAAUCAAAAGUCGCAGAGUUUCAGGAGUAUUAGCCCUCAAUAUUGUGCAUUUAGUCUCUUGUUAUAAUGUUAUCGAUUUUUUACUUGCAUAGAAUCGAACACAAUCGGGAUGAUACCUACAUGCUUGGUGGUGUACCCCAUGCGAGAAGAUUGUCUCCGGUUUUGUUGUCGUUCCAUUUUGUGCACUCAAAAAAUUUCUAUUGUUAAUUGAAGAAGGAAGAAAUAGACACCUAGUACAAAAUUUGAAAA